ACAGCUGACUGGGCAGGAAGCCAGUGGCGAGCGGAGCCCGGGGGCUGCCCGGGGCGGUGGCCGUGCCCCAGGGGGCUCGCGGCAUUGGCUACACCACCGGGGUCUGCGGGCGAGUGGCCUCGUGGGACAAGCACACGUCAUGGUGGACUACUACGAAGCCCUGGGCGUGAGCCGCAAUGCCACUGCCGACGACAUUAAGAAGGCGUACAGGAAGGCUGCACUGAAAUGGCACCCAGAUAAAAACCCGGACAACAAGGAGUACGCUGAGCAGAGGUUCAAGGAAAUAGCCGAGGCAUAUGAAGUGCUGUCAGACAAACAGAAGCGUGAUGUCUAUGACCGUUAUGGCAAGGAGGGACUUAUGGGUGCAGGAGCAGGGGGCUCCAGGGCCGAUGCCAGGGCCCCUGAAUUCACCUUCACCUUCCGCAGCGCUAACGAUGUCUUCCGGGAGUUCUUUGGUGGCCGAGACCCUUCGCUGACUUUUUGGUAUGAGAUGCUGCCAUUCUCUGAGCUGCGAGGACCUGGCUCCCGGCACCAUGGGGGAAGCCACUUCUUUACCCCCUUCCCAGGAUCCUCAGAUUUCUUCACCUCAUCCUUCAGCUCUGGUGCUGAUGCAGGGAUGGGCUUUCGCUCUGUCUCCACCUCCACCACCUUCGUUAAUGGCAAGCGCAUCACCACCAAGAGGAUUAUUGAGAAUGGGCAGGAGCGGGUGGAAGUGGAAGAGGAUGGGGAGCUGAAGUCAAUCCACAUUGAUGGUGUUCCUGACGACAUGGCACUGGGUCUGGAGCUGAGCCGGCGGGAGCAGCAAGCCCCACGACCCCCCUCGCCCUCACCUCCUGCUCCGCACCGGCCCCCGAGUUCCUCACCUGUCCGCCUCUACACAGACAGCGAGGAUGAGGAUGAGGACUUGCAGCUGGCCAUGGCCUACAGCCUCUCCGAGAUGGAGGCCGCAGGGCACCACCAAGCAGGUGUGUUCUGAGGCUGCUGCGCCCGGGGAC